UGCAUUCAAUAGUAAAACAGUUUUAUGCUAUUCAUGCAUGUGUUAUUUUGUCUCUGUCUCUGUCUCUCAGCCUGGUAAAGACAGUAAGCUGCUGCCGGGUCUGUUAGUGGCCCGUGUGAUUUUUGUCCCUCUCUUCAUGCUCUGUAACGUCAAGCCUCGCCACAAUCUGCCCGUCUACUUCUCACACGACGGCUGGUUCCUCGGCUUCAUGAUCCUCUUUGCUUUUUCUAACGGAUAUCUGGCGAGUCUGUGCAUGUGCUUCGGACCCAAGAAGGUGGAUGCGAGCGAGGCGGAGACGGCUGGAACGAUCAUGGCCUUCUUCCUGUCUCUCGGUCUGGCUCUCGGAGCGUCUCUGUCGUUUCUGUUUCGAGCGCUCAUCUGAAGUCUCGGUGGACACACACACACAGUGCUCUGGACAGAGAUGAGACUGAAGGAGCCUUACAGCUGUUCUCACAUCCUCCAGAGCCACCCUUCAUACAGGACAAACUCACAUCAGCGUCACUUCAACAUCAAGACCUGAUCUUGAGCGGACAGUACACAGAUUCACUGAUGCUGGAUGCUUUGAGUCUUAAAUACUAUAUUUUAUUGCACAUAAUGUAAAGAACUUAAAGCCUACACCACUGUUCAAAAGUUUGGGGUCAGUAAAAUUUUUUUUUUUA